UGUUCCGGCGCCUGGAGGAGCCGCGCGCUGCUAGUUCUGGUGCUGUCGUUGCUGUUGUCAGGCUGCGCUCGGUUCUUCAGCGCUCAGUUCCCUCGGACCAAUCAUCGCUUCUAGACCUUGCUGCGGGCUCGGAUCUUGCCGGGAAAAUGUCUGAAGAAUUUUCGUUGGCAGAUGCGCUCCCUGAACACUCUCCUGCCAAAACUCCUGCUGUUAGCAAUACAAAACCUGGUCAACCCCCUCAAGGCUGGCCUGGUUCCAGCCCUUGGAAUAACCCAAGUGCUCCACCUUCUGUGCCAUCUGGACUCCCACCAAGUGCAACACCUUCCACUGUGCCUUUUGGACCUGCGCCAACUGGAAUGUAUCCCUCUGUGCCUCCCACUGGACCGCCUCCAGGACCCCCAGCACCCUUUCCUCCUUCCGGACCAUCGUGCCCCCCACCUGGUGGUCCUUACCCAGCCCCAACUGUUCCAGGCCCUGGCCCCACAGGGCCAUACCCUACACCAAAUAUGCCCUUUCCAGAGAUUCCUAGACCAUAUGGUGCACCCACGGAUCCAGCUGCAGCUGGUCCUUUAGGUCCAUGGGGAUCCAUGUCUUCUGGACCCUGGGCACCAGGAAUGGGAGGGCAGUAUCCUACUCCCAAUAUGCCAUAUCCAUCUCCAGGGCCAUAUUCUGCUCCUCCUCCUCCCCAAGCUCCAGGGGCUGCACCACCUGUUCCAUGGGGCACUGUUCCACCAGGCGCCUGGGGACCACCAGCACCAUAUUCUGCCCCUGCAGGAUCCUAUCCCACACCAGGACUCUAUCCCACUCCCAAUAAUCCUUUCCAAGUGCCUUCAGCAUCUUCUGGUGCUCCGCCAAUGCCUGGUGGCCCCCAUUCUUACCAUUAA